ACUGAAUCUCAUGAGCUAUAAGACCUUUCAAUUCCAAACCAAUUGAAACCUGGGAAGCAAGAGUAAAGGAAGGCCAAGAAAACUGAAGAAUUUCACCUGAGAACCGACAAAGAUGUCAAAUAUCUCACAACAUGAUUGGACAUACACGAUGGAUAGAAUCUUUCAGAAGCUGGAUGACACUCAGUACAAGGAGAUGGUGGAUUUUUUUGAUGAGCAACCUGAAUUUACCUCACCAGCAAGGCUCAAUGCCAAGUUUAAGAAGGAGCUUCCUGAGAAACUAAAUCAGGUGUUUGGCAUAGAUGGAUCCAUCAACUUGGUCAACGAAGCAAUGAAUAUGAUACCAAGAAACGACCCUGGUGUCCAGGAUCUACUGCGUCCAUUUGUGGCCAAACUACGACCACAGGGUCUGAGAAUGAGGAGCCGACCCGAGAUACCAGGCAUCUCAGAAGAUGAUUGGACAGACACCAUGGCCAGAAUCUUUAAGAUGCUGGAGGACGCUCAGUAUAAGGAGAUGGUGGAUUUUUUUGAUGAGCAAGGUGUAAUAGAUGCUCCAGCCAAGUUCACAGCCAAGUUUAAGAGGGAGCUUCCUGAGAAACUGAUUCAGAAGUGUGGGAUAACUGAAUCAAUCUCUGUGGUCAACGAAGCAAUAAAGGAGAUACCGAGGAACGACCCUGGUGUCCAGAACCUGCUGCGUCCAUUUGUGGCCAAAUUACCGCAGAACUCAGCAUAGAGGAACCCGGAAGAUUUCCGCGUCUAAAAGUUUUAUCCAUAUUACCACAUGCAGAGAUGCUUUCCACAUGGCCAGAAGAAGAACCAAAACCAUCUUUGGAUAAAUUCCUAGAUAUUAAUACAUUUAAAGAUAAAUGAUUUAUGAAUAAAUCAGACUGUCAAAAUAAAAGAAUUUAAAAGAAAA